UAAGCCCACGAUAAGCCGACAGAUGAGUUUAUAAACUUUUCUUCCUGCAAAACCUACAAUUACAUAGGAAUAAUUUUUUUCCACUCAACGCUUUUACACACCCUUUAUAUGUAAUCCCUAGUUCCCAUCUGUUUCGUACAAAGGCACUUGAGUUUUGAAUUUUUAAAAAGACCGCGAAGGGGGAAUGGGUGUUUCCACCCACAUGACUCCCCCUCCCCCCAAUCCCAAAGGGAGAUCCAAGCUUUCGCCACUGACUUAUUGAUCCGUAUGAGGUAUGUAUUCUGAAUCUGUCGUCGAAUGAUCAAGAUAUCAAACAUGGCGGACUAUGAUAAAGAGUUCGCCAAUUAUCCUGGUGGAAAUUUAUGAUUUAACAUAUAUUUCAGAAGCCGUAGUCUUCGCUGCUUGAAAUAUGAAAGGGUGAAAAAUGAAGUAUCCGUUUACAUCAGAGCUCAUACAAAAGUUGAACAAAAUUAAACGAGACCAGGAAGUUCGAGAAGCUCUAGGACCUUAUCUUGAAAAUUUCAAAGCAUUUUACUUUGAAAUCAUAGAAUCGCAACGAACUUUAAAGAGCCGAACUCAGGAUUCUGGACAACCAAUUAAGCAAACACAGCAAUGCAAUGUACCAACAAUAACAAAAAGAGCUCUACUUAAACAACCAAAGGAAUCUUUUAAAUCACAGAGCAAGACAAAACAUGUUACUUUUAGCAAAACAGUAAAGGACGAUUUUACAAGCGUCGGCUACUAUUUUCGGGGAGACAUAGCGCCUUACUGCACGAAAGUAAAAGGAAAAAGAAUUACGUUAGGACAAUUUAAAAGUAUUUUAUGCAGAAAAGGAGUGUUCAGAUAUUACUUUAAAAGAUACUGCAACGAAUUUGAAACAAGAAUUGUGUAUGAAGAACUGACAGAUGAUAAGCAAAUCCUUCCACUUUUUGAUGGCUAUGUUUUUGCUAUGAUAGAAAGCAUCAUGUAAAAGACCUAAUACACAAAUCAAUAAUUAGCUUAAUAAACAUGUUUUCGAAUAAAAAUAUAUAACACAAUUAAAACUUGGAUUGAUAUAAAUUUUCAUACAAUUUAUUGAGAG